AUGCUAGUCUCUGAGGAGGGAUUCAGAGAGGAUGGAAGAAGGCCCAAUGAGCUGAGAAGAGUGGAGGUUGCAAAAAAGAUGGUCGAGGGCAAAGGCAUUGUGGACAUGAGACAAGGGAACACCCAGGUGUCUGUGAUGUGUAGCGGCCCUAAAGAGAUUGGGAAGAUGAGCAUUGAGGUGGAGUUUUAUGCUGUUUCUAGGCAAGAGCCUGUAAAUGAGAAGAGGAUGCUGGAGUAUGAAGAUGUUCUGCUGGAUAUAUUUAGUGAUGUUCUGCUCCCAGAGGCCUUGGUAGACAUCAAAGUCAUUGUUCGGGAGGACGGAGGGUCACUGCUGUCCACCAUGAUUAACUGCAUAACCAUUUGCUUGUCAUACUUCGGGAUGCCCUUGACGGACAUGUGUUACUCUGCCACUGUUGGAGGGGGCUGUGUUGACCUUACGUCUACGGAGGAGAGCCAAAGGAUUCCCGUUGUUACUGUUGCAUAUCUAAUGAACAGAAAAAGCAUUGCCUACCUGUCUCUAAAUGGGAGGAUUGUGUGCGACAAGCUACACUCUUGCAUCCUUGAGGCAGUGGGCGCAUGCUAUUCUGUCAGAGAACAUUUUAAGGACUUCUUUUCCCUCUCCUCGCCAUGA